AUGGGUGCGUACUUGAGAAAGGUGAAGGAAGAACUCAUCAAGUUCAAAUACUACGAGAUACUUCAAAUACCACGAGCCGAAAAUGCAAACGCCGAUGCUCUAUCAAAGCUAGCAUCUUCAAAAGGUUCUGACGCACUAGGGGUCGUUCCCAUCGAAGAACUAGAGCGGCCGACCAUUGAGGUAGUAGCUAAGGCACUAAUCAUCCAAACAGUUUGCUUUACCGACGAGGCUAUUCGACACCGCUACAGCGAUGCCUGGAUGAUGACGAAGCCCAUAAGGUCCUCCGAGAAAUUCAUGAAGGAGUCUGCGGUUGAGAAAGCGAGAUUUAGGGUUCAUAGUGCAAUACCGAUCGCUUGGAACCUUACCACAUUCUGCGACAGCUUGGGCAUUCGAAAAGACUUCUCAGUGCCGAUCCAUCCACAAUCUAAUGGGCAAGUCGAGGCAAUCAAAAAAAUAUUGAAGUAUACCCUAAAAAAGAGGCUCGACAAUCUAAAAGGGAAAUGGGCCGAAGAACUCCCCAAGGUCUUAUGGGCAUACCGAACGACGAGCCGAACUACCAUAGGUGAAACACCUUUCUCCAGGGCAUAUGGUGUCGAGCCAAUACUCCCUGUAGAAAUUGAAAUGCCAACCCUAAGAACCGUCAUCCACAACGACGAUGAUAACACAGAAGGCAUGAAUGGAGAACUUGACUUGCUGAAAGAAAAAAGGCUCGACUCUCAACUACGUCUCGCCGCCUAUCAGCAAAGAGCAUCACGAUAUUACAACAAGAGAGUUCGACAAAGGAGGUUCAUCCCAAGAGUCCUAGUAUUGAAAAUGGUAACGCAGAGUACAAAUCUAAAAAAUACCGGUCCCCUGAGCCCGACUUGGGAAGGGCCCUACCGCAUAAGGGAAGUGUCGCGUCCUAGCACCUACAUUUUGGAAAGCCUCGACGGCAAGAGAAUUCAACACCCAUGGAAUGCAGAACAGCUAAGGCUGUACUACCAAUAG